AACUUAUUUUUCUCUUAUUCUAGAAAAAAAUCGCCAUGUCUUCUUCCAGACCAAGGCUCCGUUUGGCUGCCUGCUUAUUAAACAUUUCAGAAGCCAGAAGAAAAUACAUUGUUGAGAACGUAGCGAAAGCAGCUCUUCUUGAAAAAAAUGGACAGAAACAUCAUGAAGUAUCAGUGCUCAAUAUAUUUUCUGAUCAGGACUACAACAGAUCAGUCAUUACAAUAGCAGCUUCUGUUGAAGAGUUAGGCGAUUCCAUUCUGGCAGCCUGCAUGGAGGCCUUCCGGUCUAUCGAUAUGGAGGUUCAGGAGGGGAUUCACCCUUGCCUGGGAGCAGUGGACCUGAUUCCCAUUUACCCUCUCUCUGGUGUCAGAGUGGAAGAGUGUGGAGCUGUGGCCAGAAGCCUUGCUGAGAAUCUGGUCGAACGCGUUCCUGGCUGCAGCGUGUUUCUCUUUGGUGAGGCUGACCUGCCUGAGAAGCGCUCUCUUGUCCAGAGAAGAAAACAGCUGGGCUGGUUCACAAGGAGGGAUUUCAGUGCUCUUGAACCUGACCUGAGAGUUGCACCUGCUCGGAGAUGUGGUUUAACAGUUGGGAUGAUGGAAGAUGAAAGUCUCGAUCUGUAAUAAAGUGUAUAACCUGUAAUUGAAACAUAAAGGACUUCGGUUUUGUCUCUGUGUGAGCUGCUGAAAAGCGCUGUUCUCCUGCAGAAAACUGGGAGCAAACAAGUCCCCUGAGGUUCCUCUCACCUGGGCUGCUUCAUUCCAUGAUGAUGUUAACUUGGAUCUUCUUUAAUUUUCUCUCUGAAUUACUGUUACUCUGUAAAAUUCGGAGUUGAGAAAUUGAGGCUCAGAAUUCCUUACAGAGCAGGAAGAUGUCAUAGUCAUUUUACAGAAGGACAGCUGAGCAGAGGCAGUGCCCCUGAAGAGGUGGAACUUGAAUUCAGACCCACGGGGAGCCAUUCCCGGCCCUAUGCUACAUGGUAUCACUUAGCUUUCUUUCCUGUGGAUUUGGCCACAUGCAUAAGGGUUCUGCAUUCUUCACGCCAUGGGAACAUCGGACUUAGCAAUUAUGUUUGAGUUUUAUGGCUUUAGUCAUCAAAUGUCCUGUUUCAGCUGCGGUUUCUCUUUAGUACACACUCUAAAAAAUUUAAAUGUAAUGAUGACUAAUUGCUUUUGGUAAUAAUAACAACUGGUUUAUAUUUUUGAAUCUGAGUUCCGAGUCUGUUUUCUUGCUCUAUUUGUUACUCUGAAGCUAGGUUUUAUCUUAUUUUAACCUUCUUCAUGUUUUUGCACACAGAAACCUGCAUGGUUCCUGGUACUCAGCAGGAUUUCAGUAAAAACAUGUUUACUGAGGAAGUUGAACAUUAGUUCAUGAGAAUCUCUUUAUUCCUUCAAACUGUAAUAUAAUCCACAAAUUUGAAGUUCUCUCUUCACCUAUAAAAAUGCCGAAUAUCCCAGAAUACCACCUCAGCUCUCUCCUCAUGCAUCUUUUUAAGCUAGCCAUCAAAAAAGAGUUUAAUAUAAUGAAUAGAACUUAUAAAUACAUCCUUCAGCAACUUCUGACCCCCUAAAAUGAAACCCUUUCUGUGGACGAAAAUAUAUAGAAUCUUUUCACCUUUAAUUGAUUGAAGAUGAUGGUGCCUGGAACUGUUUUUGAGAUUAAUUUUGAUCUAAAGGAAAAAAAAUCCAUGCAUUUCGUCAGUGCUGCUUUUUCAUUUUUCUAAUGGGCUCUUCGCUAUUGUUUUGUCUGAAUGCAGUUUUUUAUUUGUGUUAUUCCAGACGUGGUCCUACCACAAGCAUCUUUAAACCAGACAUUAAUAGCAUAGUUCACAGUCAUUACUGCCAGUGCUCAAACACAAAUAUUGCAUUUGUGUUUGCAAAAGCUACACAUCAGAUGUUAAUUAAGUGCAUUUGUUUUUUUUAUGCUCAAACAAUCUGGCAUAAAGAGUUUACAUCUAUAUCAGUUCACCAUAAGGUCUCUACAAUAUCUGAAUCACCAGCCGUACAGUAUAUGAUAAAUACAGUGUUUCCACACAAGAAAAUAACAGAAUUGUCAGGAAAACAUCAGGCCUGUUAUACUUCCCUGUGAAAUAAUAGCAACUGAAUCUCAGUUUCUUUUUCUUUUUGAUAAAAAAAAAGUAUUUAACUGGGAGUAAACACCAAUAUUUAGAAUGAUAAAUUUUUCAUUAAAGAACACAUGGAAAGCAAAAUCAUACCAAAGAUUUUUUUGCCUUGUUUUUAGCUUGCUUCAGGGCGUUGUGACAGUUGCAUUGGAAUAAAAUUGGAAUUUCAGCUUUGCAGUGAGGAGAUUCAUGCUGCCGCCAGAGCAGCCGAGUGCCAAUCUGCAGGAGGCAGAAGCCGAGCGAAACCGCAAACUGAGAAACAAACUUUCACAUCAGGUUUCUAAUUUUAGAGCAAAAAAUGGAAUUACUUUAAUUAUGUGACAUUUAACUAGAAAUACGAUAUGCUGGGAUUAAUUAGCUCCCUUAUUUAAAAAAUUCUUACUAAGUUUAAAUUAACAUUAAAAAAAUCAAAUUCAGCAUUUUAAAUAAGGUCAGUGGGACUGCUGGAUUUAAAUGCAGAAUUUGGUUCAUUAGAAUUGGAUCACCAUAUUGGUGUUGGACUUGGGAAGGAUUAAAUGGAGGAAUUAAAAAAGCGUGCAUUUGAGCAGAAAGCAGUUUUCCUUCCUUCCUUCCUUCCUUCCGUCCUUCCUUCCUUCCUUCCUUCCUUCCUUCCCUCCUUCCCUUCUUGCUUUCCUCCUUCUUUUGCAGAAAUGAGUCAUGGCCUCCUAACCCCUCAGGGAGGAAACUCCUACCUGAUUAGGUCAGAAACGUCUCAAAUUCAUUGACUGCCUCUGUUUUUUCACUGCUUGAAUAAGAUAUGGUGAUAAAAAAUAAAUAAUUGCUUAACUAAGGUUUAAUAGAAGAAUUAAAAUAUAAUAACAAGGGCAUAUAGAAAAAAUGAUCAUUCUGUGUUGUUUAAAUGAUUACCUCUUGUUUACGAGAGAAUAUAAAAGUUACUUCUAAUGUUUAAUUUUAUUUUUCUAAGAAAUAAUUAACUUUAAAGUAUGCUUUUAAAGGAAUCUUUUAAGUAGAGUUUUAUUUUAAUUAAGCACAUUAGUGUUGGGAUAAGUGUAUUUUAUGGAAUUCGUGCUCUGGGCUUAACAUCUCAACUUAUUGUAUCUUUAAUAGUUUAUCUUAGUGAUGAGUUUGUUUAUUAGCAAGAAUGAUCAACUUUGGAAAUUCUAUGAAAAAGGGACAGUUAUUGGGCACAUGGUGGUAAAAGGUGCCUUGGAAUUUGCUGGAUGGAGAACUCAGAAAAAGUCCCAUGUCUUUAGGGAUGGAAUGGCCUAUGCCGUCAUACUGUGGGGAAGAAGAGCCCUGGGUCCGUAUGAACAAACUUGCCUUGAAAGAGACUUGCUCCCCCAUGCUGAUAAAUUGCAUGUGGUUAUCUGAAUGUUAACUGACAUAUCUAACUUCUGGGACAGCAAAGCACAAUAGGCUUGAUAGGUAUUUUGAACAGUACUUAGUGUAACCCCAUAUAUGUAUACUCUUCAGCCAAGUCUGAGUGUGGUCCAGCUGUUUGUUUGAAUAACGAUAAAGAUGAGGCCACUUCUUGGGUCAGAAUAGGGUAUGUAUAUCAGAUACAAGGAAAUGGGACUGUUUGUAACAUUACCUGUUGAGGGGUGGAGGAGAGAGAAGCCAUGCCUGGAUGCUCUCCGUUAAUGAAUGACAUUAACAUUGACAAAAAAAAAAUUUCCAGUUGUACUCUGUGAAAUGUUAAAACUGAUAUAAUUCUCAAAGAUAUUUAGAGCAAGUAAUUGGUAUAUGAGGUUGAGAGAGAGAUGUAUUGACUGUUAGGAAAUUUAAUUUUUAUGAAAUCAGCAUUAAGGAGAAAUCCUGUAAUCUGAUUCAUUCCUGCAGAAUUCCCAGUAGGAAGAGGCCCAGCCUCGGGAGUUGAAAUGUUUCAUUAUGUACAUGUAUGGGAAAAAGAUGAAAUGCGGUUUCCGUGUGCUGAUUUUCUGUAAAACAUCUAUUAGUAUGAGAGUACCCAGGCUGGGCAGCAAAGCCCCCAAACCACAGCUGUCUAGGGGGAAGUGAAUUCAGCAGGAUCUCUCGAUGGCUACUGACACCAUGAGCAAUAAGUUUGAAAGUAGCAAGAAAAAGCAAUAACAGUAAAAUCAUGUAGAAAUAGUAGCUAUGGAAUUGUCAUGCUGAAGAUGAGGUCAGUUUUUUAUCCCCCAACAAUCCUAGUCAACUUUGCUUUUAGAAAUGUGAAGUUCCCCCAAAAUGAAGAAACUGCAAACCCAAGCUUUUUAUAUCGAUGCUAAUUUAACCGAGUUGUCCAUCUUAUAAUGUAAACUAUAAUUAGAGCAGGGCUAUGUAUGUAACACGAGCUGCAUCGUUCCCCAGGCAGGGGAAAGCUGGGCAUUUGCCCCCGGGCUCUAGGGUAACAGCGCUCUGGAGCAGCAGUGGCAGU